CUGCCCGACCCGCUGGGGUGGCUCGACGGCGGAACCGCCCGGCCCAGUUCUGGGGCGAGGAUGCCAGCGCUGCACAUCGAAGAUUUGCCAGAGAAGGAAAAACUGAAGAUGGAAGUUGAGCAACUCCGAAAGGAAGUGAAGUUGCAGAGGCAGCAGGUGUCUAAAUGUUCUGAAGAAAUAAAAAACUAUAUUGAAGAGCGUUCUGGGGAAGAUCCUCUGGUGAAGGGAAUUCCGGAAGACAAGAAUCCCUUUAAAGAAAAAGGAAGCUGUGUUAUUUCAUGAAUAACUCUGAGGAGAAACUCUAGCUUUGAGAGAAAAGUUAAAUUUUUUAGUUCCCCAAGUAAACCCCUCAUGUCUUUUAAGGAAGAAGAAAAGAAACUUAAUGGAGA